AGAGAUUGAGAUUUCAACUUAAAAAAUUAACUUUUUAAAAAGUGUGCUUCGAACUUCCAUGUCCCGUCUGAAAAUAGGCCUGAGGAGUUAAUCGCAAAUCAAAGAGAUGAGACGAAUCCUGAUUCCUGAAGGUAACAAACUUUGGUGGGGAUUACGAUGUCAGUCAGAAGAAGGCACAGAAAACAAUAAUCGCAGCAAUUCACCCGAUUCAAUGAUAAAAAGAAAAUGACAUCAUCUCUUUGUUUGCUAUUGCAAUGACUGAGAACAACGUGUAGAGAAUUCAGAAAUCAGAAGCAGGAGACUAAAGGGUUGAAGGGUGAAGAUUCGAGGCCCUUCAAACACAACCAAAGUUUUAAUAUUUAUCCUCUUCCCUUCCUAUUUCUGGUGAAAGAAAAAUGGCAGCACUGGCAACCGCGGAAGUCUGCGACACAAAUGCAGCACUUCUUGCCACCGGGGAGCUGCAUGUGUUGCAGCCGCUGUUCAAGACGUACGGGCAGUGCAGGGCGUUUGCGGGGCCCGUGGUUACGCUGAAGGUGUUCGAGGACAAUGUGUUGGUGAGGGAGGUUUUGGAGGGCAAAGGAGAGGGAAGGGUGUUGGUGAUAGAUGGGGGAGGGAGUAUGAGAUGUGCUUUGGUUGGGGGGAAUCUGGGGCAGCUGGCACAGAACAUGGGGUGGGCCGGGAUCGUGGUGAAUGGCUGCAUCAGAGAUGUUGAUGAGAUCAACGGCUGUGAUAUUGGGGUCAGGGCUUUGGCAUCUCAUCCUGUGAAAUCAAACAAGAAAGGAGUCGGGGAGAAGCACGUGCCUGUCCACGUUGGAGGAGCCUUGAUACGUGACGGAGAAUGGUUAUAUGCAGAUAGCGAUGGCAUUCUUAUCUCCAAAACUGAGCUCUCUAUCUGAAGUCUUUAGACUUUACAAUUUUAUCACAUCAAUAAGAACUGAGAUUUGAGAUUUGAGAGAGGAUAACAUGAAAUACUCUCAAUUCACAUUACAAUCCCUAGGAAAUUGCUCGUGUUUUCUACUCCACAUGUCGUUUCACUACUUAUCUUUGUACCUUUUAUUUAUUUAUUUAUUUUUUUUCUUGUUC